UAUGGCUCUCAGUAUCUACGUAGCCUAUACUGUCAAGCACUAAAAACACCCUGGUUAGUUGGUCGCACGUGGCACAGCGGCCUACUCACGUGUGUGGCCCCACGGACCAUCAUUCUCAGGGCUGCGCGCCUGCCCCUCUCGGUUGACUGCUCUCACCGACUGGUUUUCGGCCCAAAACUCGCAACAACAAAACACAUUCCCAAGCCUACAUGGACAAAUUUUAACACAUUUCAGAACUGGAAAGAGGCAGCGAUACACCAAUUUUCCUUCCUCUUCCUCCUCCCUUCUCAUAGUCAUAAAAAAUAUUGCGAAAAGAAUCCCACUAUCUCAUGACAUCUGGAGGAGACUAGAGAGAGGGGGGAGCAAUUCCACUAGCCAUCCACAGGACAUUCCCUCUCCCCUUGCCUCCUGCUCGAGACAUCUAGGAGCUCCUCCUCCCCUCGAGCAGCUCUUGUUUCCCUCCUCCUGUUCGUAGCACAACAGGCAAGAAUUGUUGGUGAAGAGAGCAAUUGGGAUCCUUGCAUGCAUGGACGCAGCGGCGCACUGGCAUCAGGUAAGCUAAUCUGCAAAACCAUCUCGAUUGAAUCAGCUCCGGCAACAUGCAUCGGUCACUAUGCAUACGAGAUCUCUCUCACCGGGCGUUGGCUUCUGUCCCUCUGGAUCUUGAUGUCUUGUUCCUGGUCGGUCCUCUUCUUCUUUGGCCUGCCUUGGUCUCGGAGCUCGCUUUCUUAUAUGUGGAUAGAUAUGAUGAUGAUGAUCUUGCUGCCGGCUUUGUUGUUCUUGAAUGCCGCCAUAGCCAACCUUUUAUUCUUUGUGUAGAUCUAAGCAUGUAUCGUCAUCUCCUCUCUGUCUGCGUGCCCUCUCUUCUCCAUUGGCUUCGAGCUGAGUGAGGGCCUUUAAUUCUCCCAUGUCCCCCCCCCCCCCCCCCUUUAAUCCUUGAAAGGAGCACACGCACCGCCUUUAUUUUCCUUUGUUCCUCCCUUUCUUUCUUAUCCCCUUUCCAAGCUCUCAUCCUUUUUAUCUUGUCAUCCCUCUUUUUCUCAUAUAGCUUUACCCUUCUCUCUCUCCCACACCUUGCAUCAAAAGAGCAGCCAUGUCUUGGGCGAUGGAGUAAGUAGCAGCAGUGCUACGCCACAAACACAACCCUACAACAGCACAAACAAAGGGCUAGGGCUAGGGAAGUCCAUGGAGGAGAUGCUGAUGGCUGGAAACACAAAUCCUAACCAGAAUCCGAAUCCACCACCGGCUGCGCCCUCGGUUCCCGGCGCUCAGCGAGCUGGCGCUCCGGCACCAGCUACGGCAGCGCCUGGCGCUGGAGCGGGGGCGGGUACGGAGCGGCGGCCGCGGCCGCAGAAGGAGAAGGCGCUCAACUGCCCGCGGUGCAACUCCACAAACACCAAGUUCUGCUACUACAACAAUUACAGCCUGCAGCAGCCGCGCUACUUCUGCAAGACGUGCCGCCGCUACUGGACCGAGGGCGGCUCGCUCCGCAACGUCCCGGUGGGCGGCGGCUCCAGGAAGAACAAGCGCUCGUCCUCGUCCGUGUCGUCCGCGGCCGCGGCCGCCGCUUCCACCUCCGCGGCGGUGUCCGGCACGGUCCCCGUGGAGCUCGCGGCCAAGAACCCGAAGCUGAUGCACGAGGCCGCGCACGACCUCAACCUGGCGUUCCCGCACCACCACGGCCGCGGCCUGCAACCGCCGGAGUUCGCGGCGUUCCCGAGCCUGGAAAGCGGCAGCGUGUGCAACCCAGGAGGGGCCAUGGCGGGCAACGGCGCCGGUGGCAGGGGCGUGGGCGCGUUCUCGGCGAUGGAGCUGCUGAGGAGCACCGGCUGCUACGUUCCACUGCAGCACGUGCAGCUAGGGAUGCCCGCCGAGUACGCUGCCGGGGGAUUCGCGCUGGGCGAGUUCCGCAUGCCCCCGCCGCCGCAGUCUCAGAGUGUACUCGGGUUCUCGCUGGACAUGCACGGCACGGGUGGAGUUGGCGGUGCCGGGGGUUACAGCGCUGGGUUGCAGGGCGUGCAGGAGAGCUCGGCUGGCAGGCUGCUCUUCCCCUUCGAGGACUUGAAGCCGGCGGUGAGAGCAGAUGGGCGCGAAAACACCGGAGCUGAUCAAUACGAGCACAGCAAAGAUCAAGGAGGCGAGGGCGGCGGGGCGAGCGGCGUCACCGGUGGCCAUGAGACUCCGGGGUUCUGGAGCAAUAGCAUGAUUGGGAAUGGCAGCAGCAAUGGCGGCGGCGGUCCUUGGUAAGGCGGUGCGCCAUGCAUGGCUCAUGCACGCGCCGUUGUCAGCAUGUGGAGAUAGGGUUAGAGACAAGGAGCUAAUAAGAGCUGGAGGUGAUUAGUGUUUACAUAUGGCGUUUGAUCUCUCUCUGGAUGUUUUUUUUUUUUUGGUUUCUUGGUGUUGUUCAUGUGUGUGGCGAUCGUUGGGUCUAACACAGCAGGAUAUACAGAUUAUUAAGGAUGGUGAACUGGUGA